AUGGCUCUGGGGCUGCAAGAAGCCCCUGAGCUGCAGCACAACAUGAAGCUGCAGCCGCCUCUAGAAGCCUCAGCUGCCCCAGCCUGCCCCAGCAGCGCAGCACAAAGCCGCAGGGCCCCAGGAAGCCCCAGCCACGCCAGCCCAAUCCCACUCGCAGUCACCCUCACCACCCUGCACUGGAGAAUAUUUGUGGCAUUUUCUGCAGUGGUCAUUGCCACAAAUAUUGCUGAAACUUCACUUACAAUUGAUGGCAUCUAUUAUGUAGUUGAUCCUGGUUUUGUAAAGCAGAAAGUAUACAACUCCAAGACAGGGAUUGACCAGCUGGUUGUGACACCAAUUUCUCAGGCCCAAGCUAAGCAACGAGCUGGAAGAGCUGGAAGAACAGGCCCUGGCAAGUGCUAUCGACUCUACACAGAGCGGGCCUACCGUGAUGAGAUGCUGACCACCAAUGUGCCUGAGAUUCAGAGGACUAACCUGGCCAGCACGGUAUUGUCUCUCAAGGCUAUGGGUAUCAAUGAUUUGCUGUCUUUUGAUUUUAUGGACGCCCCCCCAAUGGAAACUCUGAUCACUGCAAUGGAGCAACUGUAUACUCUGGGAGCUUUGGAUGAUGAAGGGCUGCUCACGCGACUGGGGCGCAGGAUGGCAGAGUUCCCACUGGAGCCUAUGCUUUGCAAGAUGCUCAUUAUGUCAGUGCACUUAGGUUGCAGCGAGGAAAUGCUCACCAUUGUCUCAAUGCUGUCUGUGCAAAAUGUUUUCUAUCGACCUAAGGACAAGCAAGCUCUUGCUGACCAGAAGAAAGCUAAGUUCCACCAAACUGAAGGAGACCACCUCACACUUUUGGCUGUUUACAACUCCUGGAAGAACAACAAGUUCUCCAAUCCCUGGUGCUAUGAAAAUUUCAUCCAAGCCCGCUCACUACGUCGAGCCCAGGAUAUUCGUAAGCAGAUGCUGGGAAUAAUGGAUAGGCACAAGUUAGAUGUGGUGUCUUGUGGAAAAGCAACAGUACGAGUCCAGAAAGCCAUAUGCAGUGGUUUCUUCCGGAAUGCAGCCAAGAAGGACCCACAAGAGGGCUACCGGACCUUGAUUGAUCAGCAGGUGGUCUAUAUCCAUCCCUCGAGUGCCCUCUUCAACCGCCAGCCUGAAUGGGUGGUGUACCAUGAGCUUGUGCUCACAACCAAGGAGUAUAUGCGAGAGGUUACCACCAUAGAUCCCCGCUGGCUUGUGGAGUUUGCCCCAGCCUUUUUCAAGGUUUCCGAUCCCACAAAGCUGAGCAAGCAGAAGAAGCAGCAGCGCCUGGAGCCACUUUACAAUCGCUAUGAGGAGCCCAAUGCCUGGAGGAUAUCACGGGCAUUCAGGCGUCGAUGAGCCUUCAUGCUUGUACAGCACAAACUGUUGGAUAUCUCUAUAUCACACACUCUGAUCUGGGGCAUAUUUGGCCAUGUACUGUCACUUUGGUGGUUAGGUCUCAAGGCAAGAGAUGGACGAGAGAAAUGCAGCGCUUGAAAGGCACUACCUUCAUCUGACUGAUAUCAUGGUUAAUUUCAGAGUUGCCACUUAUUGUAGACAGACAUUUUCCUUCUAUUUCUAUGCUGUCCAAGGAUCAAAAGUUAAUAAUAUCAAACUUUCUCGGUUAAUAAAUUAUUGUUUGAAUGUUAGUUUGUAGGCUUCUCACAUUGAAAACUAGCUGUGAUUUUGGUGGAAGUGAGAAGAAUCCCCACUCCUGCAUGUAAGGAAGCCAUAUUUCAGAGGGCGAUAAUACUGACUGCCUUUUUUUGAACCUCAGCAACCCAUUUGGGGGGUGGAGGGUGGUUGUUAUAAUGUAUACUAACCUAAAAAAAAUGUUAAUUGGCAUCCUAAUUAUUGCAUUAAAGCAAUAUUCCUGUAUUUUAUCAAUUAUUUUCCCAAGCAGUAUUUUUUUCUAAUUUUAGAUGAGAAAACAGAACAAUGUUUCUGUUACUCUUCUAUCUUUUUCUACUGGUCUGUCUGCAGUUAUUGGACAGUGCUUCCUGUCUUCUUAGUGUUAGGUAGGAGCCCAAAUUUGCAGAACCUGUAAGAAAGAAAGAAGUUCAUGGGGGAUCAGGGAACUGGGUAGCAUUUCUUUGUCUGCACAAUAAGGGAAGCUUUUAAAACUUCUUGUCUUCAUUGUUGUGGAAAUUUCCCCAUAAUUUUAGGAGGGCAAUAUAACAUAUUUGGGGAAUUAUUAAUUAUACUACUUUUUUUUUUAAAGCUCCUUUCUUUUCCAUUGCCCACUCCCAGAACCUAAAGAUACUAAAUGUACAUUAAGAAAGGACCAGAUUUAUCUAUAUGUCCAUGAGGUAGUGGCUGUUCAUGCAACCAUAUGAAUUUUAUUGCUACUUUGAUUCCAUUCCCAUUAUAUUUUUGCAAUCUAUUUGCAAUGAAAAGAUGAGUUUAAAUGGAGACCCCUGUGGGAGGGAUUAAAAUUAAUUUUUUCUCAUCCAAGACUCUGAAAAGGUGAAUGAUCCCUAUCCUGCUUUUUAACUUUGUUGGGGUUUGUUUGUUUUUUAUUUUUUUACAUACAUACAUACAUACAUACAUACAUACAUAUAUAUAUUUAAAAUAGCAUUUUGCUUAUUGAAGAUUUCGUAUUCUUGUUUUAUUUCACUUCCUAGCAAAAAAGUGGCAGGAAAUUCUACUAUUGUUGUUCUGUGGUUUCUGAUUUUUGGGGUUGUAGAACCACAAAAGAAUCAGGGAGGACUUUAUGUGUUUGAAGUCAGCAACUUGCCUGCCUCUACUCUACAUGAAGAUCUUUAAUUAUUAACAUCAAUUUUGUACAGUGAGAAACUGCCCAAAAUAAAUUCUUUUUUUACAGUAUCUUCUUAUACCAUAUAUUUUUUUCUGAGGUCUUGAGGAAAAAGAAGAGAGUGAUAUCCAAUGACUUUAUUUGGCUAAGUCUAUUUAUCACUGCAAGAAGCUAGCAUAUGUCAGCUAAAGGCAGCUUGAAAUUCCUAGCUACAGUGCCAAACAGUGAAAACAUCUGGUUUGAAUUAAUUUAUAAGAAUAAACUGGUAUGACUUGGAGAGUUGGAAGCGAAAUAAUCUUCUGCUUAUAGCUAAAACUGUUUAGAGAAUUGGCUUUGUGAGGAGGCGGGGUGAAACUGACAUACCCCAAAGUAAUUUUAGGAUUGCAUUGGAAAAGGGCAGAAGCUGGGCUAGGACAGGUCUCAGAUUACAAAGGCUUUGGUACAUGCCAUGUUGCCCACAAUGAUAUUCAGACAAAUGCAAUCUGAUCUGUAGUUUUUAUUUGAACAUUCACUACUGUGCUAUGCAACUCACACAAUGUAUUCGUAAUUAUGCACUUCAGUUAUGUUAAUAAAAAAAAGGGAGAC